AUGCAGACGAUUCUUUCCCGAGCCGGAGCGGCUCCUCGCAGCGGGUGCAAAGCCUGCAGCAAUGCCAUCGAUACCCUGGGCAGGAGAGCGACCUCUGCUCGCCGCAAGCCGACGUUCACCGAGCUGUUCACCGCCUGUUAUAGCUCCGUAUUUGCGACGGCGGCUCUGGUAGAUGCCGUCAGGAAGGAUGACCGCAGGAAGGAGCUGGACCGUCAAAUCGAAGAGGUCCGGAAAGAAAUAGCCGAACUCCAAGACCCCCGAAAACCGAGCGGCUCCGGCGACCUGGAGACUCCAGAACUUAGCCUUCGACAAAUGGACAUACUCUGGCGAAGCUUGAAAGACAUUUACAGUAAUCGUCCAUACAUGAAAGAGAUCCACCAGCCGGCGACCAUCGGACCGUCUGAUCUUGUUGAGGCUUUGAAACACGAGCACUAUGGCUGCCGCAAUCCCCCCCGGACGAUCGAUUACGAUAGGCUGGAGCGUGCAAUCAUACGUGAAGAAUGCGAAAAGGGGAAAUAUUACCGGGAGCCCCGAAACCAAGCUCAGCUGCUCCGCGAAUCUCUGAGUACAGAGCACCUCGUUCAGAAACUUCUAGACCGUACCGAUUUUCUUCCGGAAGACCAAACCGGCCCCUCGCUGCACAAAGCCCGGAGUUUACUAGAAAAAGGAAGCCUAGGCUUAGGUUUCACAUUCCGAUCUAUAAACUCGGCUAGGGCCCAGGACAACACUAUUCAACUAAACAAACGCCUGAGAUCCUUGGUGGCCUCCUCGAAUCUCAGUACGAAAGAGAAGGUUGGCAGGGUUUGCUAUAAUCUGCUAGUUUCACCACACCCACCAGACAUCCACACUUACAACACGCUGAUUGUUGCGUUUAAUAAAUCCGGUCAUCACGCGUUCGCUGAAGCUCUUGUUGCUUCCUUUUUCCAGUACCGACUCCUACAACCCACGCCAUCCACCUUUAUCGCCAUCUUAAAUCAUUACAAAUGCACCAGUAAUCACGGAAAGUUCCUGAGGGCGCUUUCUUGUAUCACCGGACUCGACAACCGGACAGGCGCAAAAGUGCGUAGGAGGCAUAUAUCAGAUAUCAGAAUAAGCCCAACUCUCUUGCCUUGGGCUUCAGACACGAAACGUCGAACUCUUACCGGAGAAUGGAUCUGGGAUCAUCUCCCGCUCUCUCAGCCUUUGGUGGAAGAGAUUAUUGGUGGCCUGCUUCACUUCAAGCUUUUUGACCAAGCUGCCGCAUUCUUUAUAUCAUGCAUGCAAUCCGGAGUCAAUAUCAGCUUGGAUACAGUCAGGUGUUUCCUGGAUGAAUGCAUCGAUGCUUUGGACUGGAGAGCUGCAGUCCGACUAACUGGCAGCUUGGCACGCUCCGAUUCAGUACUUCAGAGGCUACUUGGAGCAGGCAAUGGCGAGGGCAUAUCAUACAUUGCGAGCCGAAUACGCGUCUUGUUAGACAUAUGUGGUCUUGGGGCCGCAGAUCGGCCUCCUUCAAAAUCGCUUUUAGUCAGCUUAAAAGUUUCCGGGCCUUCUUUUGCCAAAUUCCUCAAAACUCUGGCCCAGGAGGCAGGUCCAUCGCAAGAGCCAUUGGCACAUAGCCGAGACAUUGGCAGAUCCAAAAGCAGAGUGCUGCAACUCGAAAGUAUUUGGAAAGAAUACGAGUUUGUGAGAAAGACGACCAUCUCUAUCGAAAGCAAACUUCUAUAUCCCGACUUCUCCACCGACUUUCGAGGUUCAAUGGCGCUCCAGAUUGGGCAGACGGCUUUGGAAAGAAGCAUUCAACUGAAUCAGGAAUUCGGCGAGCUGACGGGAUUGACGAAUAGUGUUUUGAACGAAUCCAGAGACGGUUAUGCUUCUCAGGAGUUUACAUCUCUCUCUGAAGAAGAUAUUCCUGCAGAGCGAGAAUCUCUAGUUUUGGCCGAAGAUGCGUCACAAUCGGAGAAGCCGGAAAUUCUUGACUAUGAGAAAUCACUUGAGCCUCGACUUAUAGAACGUCGACCCAAGCAAAUGCUACUGUCGUGUGCUGAUGGUACCGUGUUCAACAGCAGCGCUCAGCGAGCAGCGGUGCCUGAGCGCGCCCCGGCCAGCGGCCUUCCAGCAGUCGCAGCCGCCAGCCCACAGUGA